AUUAAAAGAAGAAAGAUCAAAGUGUCACGUACGGAAGGGUUAAGGAUCAACAGCGCAAAUUACUCUUUUAAACAUAUAUUCGACUUCUACUGUUUUUCAUUCUCUCUCUAGUCUGCGACGAGCACGGAGUUCUUCUCGGCGGCGGCGACGAGCACGAGUUCUUCUCUCCGGUUGGAAGGUUGGCGGCUGCUGCACAGUUUUUGUGUUUUGCAGCAAUUUCCACCGUUUGGUCUGUGAUUGUUCAUAUGAAAUUGGUCUGAGUUUUGGAUAUUAAUGCCUGAGUGCUGAGAAAUAACCAGGUUUCAAUGAUAGGAGGUUCUCGUGUCCGGCUUAACACGUGGCAGCAGGCCGCUGUUGCUGUUGGCUCGGCGGUGGGGGCAUUGCUAGACCCAAGGAGAGCUGACCUUAUUGCGGCUCUCGGAGAGACAACAGGAAAACCUGCUUUUGAGAGAGUUCUUGACAGAAUGAAGCAGAGCCCAGAAGGCAGGGCCAUACUACAGGAGCAACCACGAGUGAUAUCAUCAAAAGUUGGACAUGCAUGGGACCUACCAGAGAACACAUUUGGCGCUGCCUAUGCAAAAUUCAUGGGAUCAAGGAACUUUUCCCCUGAUGAUAGACCACCAGUGCGGUUCAUGGAGACAGAAGAGCUAGCGUAUGUGGCCAUGCGGGCUCGCGAGGUUCACGACUUCUGGCACACCCUCUUUGACCUCCCCACAAACUUGAUUGGUGAGUCGGCCCUCAAAGUAAUAGAGUUUGAGCAAAUGUAUCUUCCCAUGUGUCUGCUAUCUGUAGUCGGGGGUACUGCUAGAUUCAGUGAGAAGCAAAGGAAAUUGUUCUUCCAACACUACUUCCCUUGGGCCAUCCGGGCUGGUGCACAUUGCACUGAUCUUAUGUGUGUAUAUUAUGAGCGGCACUUUCACGAGGACUUGGAGGAUGUGCGCAGAAAAUGGGGUAUUAUUCCUGCUCCUGCUGCUUCUAAACAAACGUGACCAGAAAAUGGUAUAGUUUUGAGUUUGGUCUCAUAAUCACCAGCAUUUGUUUGAAUAACGUUCCUUGCACUGAGAAAUGUAACUUUCUUCUCUAGACAAGGACAACCCUCUUCUAUACAACAUGUAUAACAGAACGUUUCUUUGUAAGUGAUGCAUGUGCCAAAUUUAAAUGUAAUUCAGUUUUUCUUCUCAUUGUCCGUCACUACACUACAGCAAUCUCGAACUGCUCCUAAUUUCGUCUUGAUAUGUAUGUUUUAUAUGCGCGCGCGCACACAUAUAU